AUGACUCUCCGGAUAGAUUCUUCCACUUUCGAUGUACCAUUCGAAUGGUAUAUCUAUCAUUUGCCACCAGGCAUCUCCACCACUCAAUCCGACUUCAGUAACUUGGCUGAAUUAUUGCAAAGUUGCGCAGAUUUAAGUCGGAUACGAUUGCCGAAGAAAUUUCAGGACUAUGAGCAAAAAGCAAUCACUUAUCCGGAAAGGAAAUACAUUGGUGCGCCAAAAUCGGUACUCGAGUGUUUGGAUGUGACGGAUUAUCUUGUGUUGAAGGAUAGAGAGGCUGCUAUUCGACCCAGUGAGAUCCGAGGUGGCCCAAUCGAUGCUCUAAUCGUUUUCGCCACCCAAGCCAGCGGUUCACUUCUCUAUCAAGAAGCUUUCCUCUCGACCUAUCGCACUUUCACCUCAUCUCAUGAUCUUUUGCAAAAGUUAACGCACAGAUAUGUGUACAUGGCGUUAUCCUCCGAACCAGCCUCUCAAAAAGCGGCUCGUCUCACCUUUUCCGUCAUCGUUCGAGUGGUUGAUGAGCUGUGUACGGUGGAAAUCAACAAAGAACUCGUCGCAAUUGUUACGAAUUUUGUUUAUCGAUUGAUUCGAGAUGGGAAUUUUCAAUUGGCUAGGCUAUUGAGAACUCGUCUCAUCGAAAGAAUAGAAUCAAGCGCGGUGGUUAGACAACCAACAGUCUACAUGGAUCGGCUAAAGAAAGGAGAAACCCUAUUGGAUUUCCGAUCAGCAACCAUUGCACAACAGCUGACUUUACUCGAUCAACGUUUGUUCCAAGCGAUCGAACCAGCCGAACUCCUGUGGUGGGCCGAGGCGCAAGAUGAGAAACGGUGCCCAAAUUUGGUCGCUUUCACCGAGCAGUUUAACAAAAUGUCGUAUUGGGUGAGAACAGUGGUUUUGACACCGAAAGAGCACAAGGAACGAGAGCGCUACAUGAACAAAUUCGUGAAAAUCAUGAAGCAACUCCGUCGUUUGGGCAACUUCAAUGCUUAUCUGGCGAUCUUGUCGGCGCUCGACUCGGGCCCAGUCCGACGCUUGGAAUGGGGAAAAAUGGCAACCGAACAACUGAAAGAGCACGCUGUCAUCAUGGAUUCCUCGGGAUCGUUCAAAAUCUACCGAACGGCGCUCGUAGAAACGGCACCACCUUGCAUUCCUUACGUUGGUCUUGUCCUUCAAGAUUUGACCUUUGUACACGUCGGCAACGUAAAUUAUCUCCACGCUGAGGCGGUGAAAGGAAGAACCGAUUUGUUGAACUUUGGCAAGAGAUGGCAACAAUUCGCCAUUCUCGACUCGAUUCGAAAAUUGAAAAGAUGGAACUAUUCUUUCACGAGAGAUGAUCGAAUCAUCGCCGCAUUCAAGUGUUUCACUUCGUUGACAGAGGACGAGACAUGGGAAUUAUCCGAGAUGAUCAAACCGAGACAGAGAAGGAAUCCU